AUGGCAUUAAAGCACGGAAGGCACUGGAAGUCCAUGUGCAAACGUCUGGGUUUGGGUGUCCUACUGACCAGCAGUAUUAUCUUCCUUUACUGCUUGUCCAUGCCCCAGCUGAGCAUGCCUGACAUUCCAGUUCCUUACUCCUGCGCCCACCGGCCGUCCCGGCCGACAACCAGGCCAAAUAGCAACAGCUCACAUAAAAAGACAAGAGGGAUGUGCACUCCCAAAGUAGACAUCAUGUUCAUGAAGACCCACAAGUCGGCAAGCAGCACCUUCCUCAACAUCCUUUUCCGCUUUGGAGAGAAACAUCAACUCAAAUUUGCUUUUCCGGACAGCAGGAAUGACUUUUCCUACCCUGCCUUUUUCCAGCGUUCCCACGUUAAAGACUACAAACCCGGAAUGUGCUUCAAUAUAAUCUGUAAUCACAUGCGUUUCAAUGCGGCCGAAGUGGCCAAGCUGCUUCCUCUCGAUACGGCUUACGUCACCAUCCUCAGAGACCCGGCGGAUCUUUUUGAAUCCUCCUUCCACUACUAUGGUCGGGUUGUACCUUUCACCUGGAAGAUAGCAGGAGACGACAAGAUGGCGGAGUUUCUUCGUGAUCCUCACUACUACUUCGACCCGGAAGGUUUCAAUGCAUUCUACCUCAGGAACUUGCUUUUCUUUGACUUUGGAGAAGACAACACGCUGGAGCUGGACGAUCCGCGGGUGGACCAGGGAAUCCAAAACAUCACAGAACGUUUUCAGCUGUUCUUGCUAGCAGAGCAUUUUGAGGAAUCUCUCAUCCUGCUGAAGGAUGCUCUCUGUUGGGAGAUGGAUGAUCUCAUCUUCUUCAAGCUUAAUGCCCGCAAGGGGUCAACCGUAUCUAAACUGACACCAGAACUGAGGGCCAGGGCCCUCGAGUGGAAUGCUCUUGACUGGAAACUGUACCAGCACGUGAACUGCACCUUCUGGAGGAAAGUGGACGCGUACGGGCGACAGCGCAUGGCGGAGGACGUAGCGGAGCUCAAAAGGAGGAACGCGGAGAUGACGGCCACCUGCAUCGAAGGGGGUCACGCCGUCGAUGCCGGCAGCAUCCGAGAGAGCGUCAUGCAGCCUUGGCAGCCCAUUGGGGAGAAGUCCAUAAUGGGAUACAAUUUGAAGAAGAACAUUGAUAAGGCCCACUUGAAGUUGUGCCGUAAGAUGUUAAUGCCAGAGAUUCAAUACUUGAGCGAGUUUGGCGUCAACCUAUGGAUCACCAAGUUGUGGGGCCAUGUUAGAGACGUUAUUAACUGGUGA